UAGGUUGGCGCUAUUACUCAAUGGCGGACGGAGAAUGAGCACUUCCCGUGACGCACAGAAACGCGGUAAAACGAUAACGUGAUUCCGGGUCGUAGCAAGAGGGAAGCAGGCAGCAUGGCAUCCGACAGCACCGUGGCUAACAUUAACGGACGCGAGACCAUGUCCCUGAACGGGGAACCGGUCGUUAAGCGAGCGCGGGAGAGCGGCCCGCUACCGUGGCCUGUCCGCGUGCCGAAGGAGCCCAAGAACAAAGUGACCGUGGUGCUCGGAGCGCAGUGGGGUGACGAGGGCAAGGGGAAAGUUGUGGACUUGCUUGCAAUGGAUGCGGAUAUUGUAUGCAGGUGCCAGGGAGGCAACAAUGCUGGUCACACGGUGGUUGUCGACACAGUGGAGUAUGACUUCCACCUGCUGCCCAGUGGAGUGCUCAACAAGAACGCCACCUCCUUCAUUGGCAACGGAGUAGUGAUACAUCUACCAGGUCUGUUUGAGGAGGCUGAGAAGAACAUGCAGAAAGGCAAAGGAUUACAAGGAUGGGAAGACAGACUGAAGAUUUCUGAUCGUGCCCACAUUGUGUUCAACUUCCAUCAAGCUGUUGAUGACAUGCAGGAGCAGCAGCGGCAACAACAAAAAGGGCAAAAUUUGGGAACAACUAAAAAGGGUAUCGGACCUGCCUACUCCUCCAAAGCUGCUCGGAACGGUUUGCGAGUCUGUGACCUUGUCUCGGAUUUCAAGGUUUUUGAGGACAAGUUUCGUAUGUUGGCAGGUCAUUUUGUGGCGAUGUAUCCAGACCUUAAGUUGGACAUCGAGGGAGAACUGAAGCAGUUGAAGGAAUACGCAGGGAGACUGCGUCCUCUGGUGACUGAUGGUGUGUACUUCAUGCACAAAGCUCUUACUGGACCUAGUAAGAAAAUCCUGGUGGAGGGAGCCAAUGCUGCUCUCCUGGAUAUUGACUUUGGGACAUAUCCUUUCGUGACGUCUUCUAACUGCACCGUGGGAGGCGUGUGCACCGGUCUUGGCGUGCCACCAUCACACGUCGGCCGAGUAUAUGGUGUCGUCAAAGCUUACACCACGCGCGUGGGUGUUGGUGCUUUCCCAACAGAGCAGAACAAUGAUAUCGGGGAUCUGUUACAGUCCAGAGGGAGAGAGGUCGGUGUGACGACAGGCAGGAGGAGGCGGUGUGGUUGGCUGGACCUGAUUUUGGUCAGAUACGCUCACAUGGUCAAUGGCUUCUCUGCAAUCGCCCUGACGAAGCUGGAUAUUUUAGACACAUUGUCAGAGAUUAAAGUGGGCGUGGCCUAUAAGGUUAACGAUAAACCUCUGUCAAGUUUUCCCGCAAACAUGGACGUUUUGACGCAGGUGUCUGUGGAUUACAAGACGUUUCCCGGCUGGUGCUGCAGCACUGAGGCAGCUCGGAGCUUUGAGGAGCUGCCGUCACAGGCACAAGAUUACAUCCGCUUCAUCGAGGACUUUCUCCAAGUGCCAGUGAAGUGGGUCGGAGUCGGCAAGUCCAGAGAGAGCAUGAUCAAACUGUUUUGAUCCGUCUGCAGACCUGCAGUCGCCCUUAACGACGGCUUAGAUGUUAACUUCAGGUUUUGAUAAGAUCACCAGAUGCGUUUUAAAAUGCAAACUCUAUCCUAUAGGAAAUACUUCACCAGCAAGGCUAUUUGUGAAACUUUUAGUUGCUGCUUGUGCAUCACAUUUACAAUAAUCCCUCAUAGAUAUAAUUUAUGCAUUCCACAUAAUGUUUUCUAUAUUUAUUAGGGUGUUGAUUUUUAAAACCUGGUGCAAAUGGAUAAGUCAUUCCUAAUUCUAUUCCACAGAAAAGCACACUUGGUUUAUUUUUUUAGCAUUUAAAACUUAUCGACCUUUACUGACAUCUGUUCACCAUGUAGUUAUUUUUUUACAAAGAUUUGAAGAGCCAUUGAUGAACAGAUGUAGAAGCCUUUGUAUUAAAGGGAGUCACAAUAAAGUAAAAUUAUUUCCAGGCUUUGUAUGAGAUGGAAAAAUAAUUGAAAGCCAUCUUGCGAUCAGUACGAUUGUGAACUUUUCUAUUGAACAAUUUUAAAAACGUGAAAGCAUCUCAGUCGUUGAGUUUGUUAACAAUAUUUUCAUGAUGAUUGUUGGAAUACUUUUUAAAUCAUCCUCAAGACAUAAAUCAACACUAAGAACCUUGAGUUGAAAUGUUUUCUUCAUGAUGUUUGAGGAAAAGUCACGUCCACACACAGACAUUGGCUGGUAUUUGAAAAGUUUGUGUAAAUGUAAAGAAAGCACAGUUCCAGACUACAUCUCAAUAUGUUUCCUACAACAUUUCAUUCAUUUUGUCAAUAAUGUAAAAGACUCAGCUUGCUAUUAUCAAUAAAAGGAAACUGUAAAAGUGUA